GUUGCAAAGGCUCCACUCUAUCUCUGAUACUCAUGCUUUAAUGCCUCCCUUUGUCUUCGUUUCGUUUUCUUUUACAUACUCUUUACUACCUCACUGCUACGGUUAUUCUACUACCUACCUAUUCAAAUCUGUUUGGAACUUCUUCUUCCUUUCUUCCCCUUCCUCCCCAAUCUUCCAAUCCACCAACUACCGUCCUUUCAUUGUUCAGGUUCUUUUUUACCGAACCCGUGUCUUUUGUCGCUUCUCUAACACACGACGAUUCAGAUUCCCACCGAAUAUUCUUCACCGGCGGUGGACUGCUCACAGGAUCGGACGUGACUUGCCCUCCCGUGAGCCGGUCCCCAUUUCCGCUUUAGGGAACUAUACUCGUGGAUCGCCCCCAAUUCUCUGACAGGAGAAACGUCACUAAAUAAAGAAACAAGACGGGCUCAAAGGAGGCAUUGCUCCCCAGUAGCCAGCAGCUCAAUUCUAUCA